AUUUUGCUGUUCGCUUGCUGUCAUCUUGCUGCUGCGCGGAUAUGGAUCAGAAUCUUCGCACGUCCGAGGGAGGGAAUUCGGCCACAACGCAGCCGCAGACGCCCAAGGCAAUACGCACCUUGCGCUUCCUCAACCCUGGUCCCAACAUCUCGGACUUCAACCCUGAGAACAGCAAGCGGGAACGGAGGAAGCUGCAGAGUAAAGUCAAAACCGCAGAGAGGCCAGAAGUGUGGGAGCCCCUCCAUCCAGCCUGUUAUCUCAGGCUUCUCCAGGGUUAUCAAUGGAGAGGAGGCUGUACCUGGAUCCUGGCCCUGGCAGGUCUCCCUGCAGUAUGAGGACGGAUUCCAUUUCUGUGGAGGUUCCAUCAUUGAUCCGUACUGGGUCAUCACGGCCGCACACUGCGACUUCAAACCAGCCAAUCACCGCAUAAUUGUUGGUGAGCAUGACAAGAGCAGCAAUGUGGAAAACAUCCAAAUUCUCUAUGUGGAGAAGGCGAUCACUCAUCCCUUGUACGACGCAAACACCAUAAACAACGACAUCCUGCUUCUCAAGCUGAAGGAGCCAGCCUUCUUCGGAGACACAGUGUCGCCUAUCUGCCUGCCCCGAGCUACAGACACGUUCUCCCCUGGGACCCACGCUGCCGUGACUGGCUGGGGUGUCACCCGGUGGAACGCUAAUUAUGGUUCCAGCACGCUGCAGCAGACAGUGCUGCCCCUAAUCUCAACUGAGGACUGCAAGAAAUGGUGGGGCUCCUACAUCAUGGAUCCUAUGAUCUGCGCUGGAGCAAAUGGUCACUCCACUUGUAUGGGCGACUCUGGAGGGCCCCUGACAGUGCAGAAGGAUGGGAUGUGGGUGCUGGCCGGACUCACCUCGUGGGGCAACAGUCGCUGUGACACCUCGGUGCCCGUGGUCUACACUCGGGUCACCACGUUUGUUGACUGGAUUGCCGAGACCAUGGCCAAGAACUGAUUCCUCGUAACAAAUGUUCGCAAGGAUUUAAAUAAAUUCAAUUUCCUGCAAGACGUGAUUUCUGUAUGUGAUGCCAUGUGGAGUGGUUAUACUUCUUUAGAUGUUUGGUUCAUUGAAUUACUCUUUUGUUGUCAUUAUGGAAGACUGAAAUAUACUCUAUCACCUAUUUAGACAUGCAUACAGUGUUGCAUAUGAUAAACAUGUAUUUUCCAAAAUCUGAUCAAUGGCAGUAAACAUUUCGUCCAAGCCCAGUUUUUCCGCUAUAUUUCCCAUUAUUGUUCCCAGUGAUCUUCAUGAACCACGGGUUGUAAUAGGAAGGAGUUAUUUUAAAUGCAUAAAUGCAUACUUCUGGAAACAUGGACAUUGAACAAAAACUCUAAACAGGCACAACGCAUGGAAAUGUGGAGCCACAUUGAGACAGCUGAGGAAUAAAUGGAUUAGAGAAUAUACAUAGGUGAUAUAAAUAAUCCGCUUAAGUGGGUUUGGGUAGGAUACAUAACUGAAGAUGAUGUCAUAUGGUCAUGAAUAAUAACUAAGUGGCAAAAAAGUAAUACGUAUGCGAGAUGUAGUGGUAAAAUCACCUUGUUGGUAGCUCCUAGGUGGAUUGUUAGAUUGCGGGACCGCGAGAUGGUGACGGCUUUAGGAGACCAUCCAGUCAUGGAUUGGCCAUGGCUGAUGAUUACUCAGUGUAGUAAAGUGUAUUAACGUUAAAUAUAUCGUUCUAUUAAACAACUCUCGUAUAUUUCACAGGAAUUACUAACAUUUAAAACGUAGGCGACAUUUUUUGGCCAAUUUUUUUUACUUUACUUCAUAAAUGUAGGCACAAGAAAAACACCCAUAAAACCAACACUCAAUUAGCUCUUCUGCGUGUCUUGUUCAAGUGCCAUUUCUCUUAAGACAUUACAAAUGGCGAGUUUGUUCUCUGGACAGAUGGUCCCCACGUAUUUGGUGAUUCGUGUAUUUCAGCACACGGGAUGUUAUAUUUAGCGCCCACAAUGUACAUCAGAUUCCACCACCCACCAAAGCCAUUCUUCACGAUAGCAAAUUACAAUCGGAAUUUGUAUUUAUUUAUCCUGGAGUAUCCUGGAGAUAACUGAUAAGCUUUGAAGCUCCUUUUCACAGAUGUCCAUUAGGGGCAGGUCAUAACAUUACAAGAACAAUGGGAAACGUGUGAUAAACAAUCAUAAGACUUGGGCAUGCCGAGUAUAUAUUUUUUAUAUUGAAUAAACAGUCACUUGUACAAUUAGGUAUAUGACUCAUUCACUGUAACUUCAUGAACACAGUUCCAGUAACUAAAAUAGUACUAACGUAUGAAAAUGUAAACUUAAAAUGAUGCAGUUGGCAACGUACGCUGCCGAAGAAAUUCGACAUACAUACAUUAAAUUUGUAUUCCUUCAU